AUGGCUGCUAUACUGCAGGCGGGUGCAGGGCUGCCCGUUAGCGCCUUAAGUUGCCUUUCGGUCGACGGAAGGGGAGGCCAGGCCAGAGGGUUAAUAGCCGUGAGACAGGAGACAGCAGACGCUUUACUGCCAUCGGGUGAUCCUCAGGCGGCGAGCGGCCUUGUCGUUCACGCGCGCCCCCGCAUCGCAUCGUUGUUGUCGGGGGGUCCGCCUCCCACACCCACCUCCUUCCCGGCCCGCGUUCCAACAUCACCCGAGCACAGCUGCUGCUGGUCAAGGAAGGGAGACGAACCCACCCUUUACCAUUGCUCUCUAGGAGGCCUCCUAUCUUCUCAACCCUCAACGCUGCUGCUGCUGCUGCUGGAAGACGACGCCAAAAUUCACGCCCCAUCGGAGCUGGGCGCCGCAGGUGCGUCGUCUUCUCCCCGGACUGGAGAGAACGGCGCACCGCGGCUAACUGCAGUGACUGCUUACGCACAUCAACCACUACAGCGGCCGCCAUCUCCUCCGCUGCUGCAGCAACCCUCUCCUCUGACCCAAGCCUCGCCAUCCACCGUGGACGCGUCUCCACAGCAGACGCCCAGGCCUCUCAUUGCCAACGGUAGUGCAGAGGCCGCAGGAGGGCGACGACCAGACUCAUCAAGGAUGCGCUCGUCGAUUGCAUGUGACAAAUGUCGUAAGAGCAAGACCAAAUGCGAGAACCUGGGCCAAAACACCGUCUGUAAGGCCUGUGCACACACCAAGAGAGAAUGCGUCUAUGGCCCUUCAACCGUAAUCCCCAGUGGUGGCUCACUGCGGCGCGAGAGUACCGCUGCCGAAGGCGAUGCCGUGCCGAGGAAGCGUAGAAAGCCUCUGGCGCCCACAUCAAGUCUUGCCGACCGCCCAACAGACGGGUUGGGGACAUUUGAAGACGCCCUCUCUUCCCCGUUGCUUACCCCCCAGGUCUGGAAAGAGCUUUUUGCCAUUUACGAAAAACACUUCGCCAUAGACUUCCCCUUCCUACAUAAGCAAAGAUUUCUGAGCCCCCUGCAACCAACUCCGGGCACACCGCUUGAUAAAAAUGCCGAAUCCUCCCCUUCGAUGAGACCGCCGCACUACCCACCCUUGCUACUAGCAUUCUUAACUCAAACAGCUCGCUUUCACCCUGCACUUGUCGCCCAGAAAGGAACUCCAAUUGCAACCGCCCACUUCUAUGCGCAAGCCACGCGUGUACAAAUGGGCCAUGAUGUUGUUGGCAAGCCAACAGUCGAAAAGAUCCAGGCCCUUCUUAUGCUGGCUUGUCACGAAUGGACUGAUUUGAAAGGCACAACCGGCUGGCUGAAGAUGCGAACCGCCAUAAGUUCCGCUCAACUUCUCAAGUACCAGUGGGAUGCAGACAAUGAUGACGAUGAGCAAGGCGAGGCGACACAAGGCGACAACCGACAAUCGGAGAAGAACCAGUUCAUCGAUCGCGAGAUAAAACGUCGUACCUUCUGGAGUUGUUGCCUUUUGGAUCGCUACCUGAGUUGGGGUAAAAAUCGACCCCAAAUGUUGAGGUCCGAUGAAAUGCAGAGAAUCCAGCUCGUUUGCAGUGACCGUGCCUUUGACUGGGGCUUAAAGUCUCGAACCAGGCUCUUGGGAGAAGAUGAUACAGCAUACGCGGAGCGACGAGAGAAGCUGCGCAAUUCGUCCAAGCCUGAUUAUGAGAAGCGGAAUGGGACUGGCCGAGACCAACGGCCGAGCAAUCAUAUGGAUCAUGUCAGGUGGGAAGUAGGAGAGCAGGAAGCAGAACUCAGCUGGUACAUACAAGUGGUUGAUCAUCUCGGAGAAAUCAUAAAAUGGUCUUGUGCGGGUGGAAGACGUCAAGAGGGCACCACACCCCCGUGGGACGAAAAAUCAACAUUUCGACGACUUGACGACAAUCUGAAGCGUUUGAAGCGCAAUCUCCCUGAACAACUCCAGCUCACACCUGAAAACACACAGAUUCGACUCUACAACGGACCUGCAGACAAAUAUCUCCUCAUCCAUGCCAUGUGCAUGAUGUGUACUGUUUGGUUAUACAGAGAGUAUCUGCCUCUCUCCCCGUGGAUGUUGAAGACCCCUCAGGGUCCGCUGGACGAUCCGCUUAUCACGGACAAGCCUCCUACUCCCGAUUACUGGGUAAAUCAAGCCAAGGACUGUUUUGGAGCCUGCAAAGAUUUUGCCAACCUUCUCCAUUCGUUGCAUGACGUGCAGGCGGAAACGCCCACAGUAGCUUUUGCUACCUAUACUGUAGCUUGGUCUGCCAUAUAUUGUUUCUUCCAUCCAGGCAUGGACCCCGACGGCGCUUUGGAUACCCGUCCGAAGCCUAAUGCAUGGGACAUUGCCAAUCUCUUCCUUGGCCAGAUGGCACGUCGAUUCCCCAUGGCACGUGAUUGGCAGUUGAAGCUGAAGACCGUGUACAAAUAUUACCAAGAAGAGCGCGCGAAGUACAAAAAAGCCGGCGGUGAUGUUGGAAGCUCUCCUCAAAGUUCCUCAAGCGAUGGCGGUGGUGGUCUAAAAGAUUAUGUUCAGCUCUUUGAGAAGUCACACAAAGAGUUUGGUCUCACUGACGAGAAUCUUACCCUGGACGACAAAGAUAUCGACAUGACUGAUAUCAAGAUGAACCAUGAUGACGAUUCAGAGGACCGCAACGAGCCAACCAGUACUUUCGACAUGAAGAGUGAAAAGAGAGACUCAUCGGAGAGCGUGCCUGCUCAAACCGCCCCAGUCUCUCCCGCGUUCACACCCGUCAACGCCAAAGCGGCUGUGUUGAAGCCCUUUGCAGCAAAUGAUCUAACAGGCCUUCCAAGGACUCCACCGACGCCCUACGGGCCUCAGAUUCUCAAUCAACACACUCCAGCCGACUCUACCUAUUCUUAUGCCUCCCACAAUUCGGCUUAUAUCUCGCCCACAUCGCAUGGCUACACGUACAAUACUACGCAUUCCUCUCACCACAAUGCAUCUGCAACGCGAAAUAGUUCAGACCCCAAUCAGGUCCAGAUGUUUUCCUCAGGGACUGGGCCCGUUCAGGCGGGUGGCGGAUAUUCUAGUUGGCCACAGCAGAGUCUUGAGGAAAUUAGACCGACCAAGGCUAUGAUAGAACAUCAAGGUGCCCAGAGUAUCCAUAGCGACUUUGACCUGGAGAUCAUGGCAAUGGGCGACGGAGGUGCCAUUGCUUUUCCGACCGAGAGGCCCUUUUCCAACGACACCAACAAUAACACAUACUAUCAGUAUUACGGACAGAAUACCUAUUACAACGGAGCGAAUGCGGGUCCAACCAAUCUCUGGACACCGAAGAGAUGAUCAUGUGGUCAAACCGCAUUCGGUCCCUUCGCAUCCUACCGUGUAGCUCCGACCUAGAGGCAACUGUUAUGAGCCGUCGUCCAGUGCUUGUGGUCCCUAUUUCCUUUACUGUAAUUUUCUUUUACGCCUUGCAGCUGCUCAAGUAGCUGCGACUGCGGUUGUUUUCUAUUGCAUUAGCUCAAGCGACGAUACUGUGGAGUGGCAAAUUCUUGUACCGUGCAUUUCCUCGGAGAUUUCGCGUUGUGGUUUCGCAUGCGCCUUUGUUUCAAUAGAGUUGAGCGGCAGUAGUCGGAAAACACAUGUAGUCUUGAUAGCUUAAGGUGAAAUUAGCCUUUCUAGUGUACUUCGUUCUCAGUAUGAUAUCAGGUUGAACGCCAAUCCCGACUCUGACAGCAUUUCCACUUGGAUCAAUUCUAGUGUUUAAAACCAGUAAAAAGUGCGUACCCGUUCUAACUGAACCCACAUUUUUUUCUUAGC